CGCAACUACACACAUACGUAAAGUCAGCUAACGGAGAAGAGAGACUCCAGUGACGUCACUGUUCAAAUGCGCAGAACCGCUGGUGACUAUACCUCGUUUAUUUGUAUCAUGCAAUUGCAGACGUGCCCAAGAGACAACUUCCGUCCGUACGGCUUGUGGCCGUACGUCGUCUGUCGCAAGUAAAUCGUGGAGUCUGUUUGUGAGGUAGCAUUACUAUCCGUGCUGUUAUAAUUCAUCAAGUAUCAACACCGAACGUGCACCGAAAUACAUAUUCCUCAAGGAUAAUUCAGUUACGACUGUAUUAAGAAUACACAUUGAAUUACCUACAGAAGUAGAAGGUGCACGAAGUGGGAAGCCUUGAAGAGGAUAUCUCCGAGUGAGCUUUAGGUGAAAAGGCGGAUCGAGAAAAAGACUAACGGAGACUGGAGAGACACAGAUUUUGAAAAAACUGGUGCACCUCGUAGAAAACAUUCGCGAGGUGACAAGAUCGCUGGAUUUUGGUGUACCGUGCGCUACGUCCUACGUCCAGGGCGUUAAUUUUCAAGGCAAACCCAUAGCGUCGACGAUCAGUACUAAUUGGCUGAAACGGACGACGAUAGGAGGCGAUAGACAUCAAUUUAUAUAUAUAUAUAUAUAUAUAUAUAUACACACACACACUCAGAGCACACAUAUUUACAAUAUAUAUACAUAUAAGUUGAAAGACAGUUGCAUAUACAUAUAUACGCACUACUGAGAUGGAAAAGAACAAUGACAAGCACCUUCUCACGGUUGUCGAUGAUGACAACGAGGAGAAUCCAGCAGUUUCCACUAAGGAUCUGGAGGCUGAAAAUCCUGAUGAAAAUUAUGGAUGUGCACACUACAAAAGGAAGUCGAAAUUUGUGACACCAUGCUGCAACAAGGUAUACACCUGCAGAUUUUGUCACGAUGAGCAAGAGGCGCAUACUGUAAACAGGAAAGAGGUGACAGAGCUGAUCUGCGUGCUAUGUGACACUCGUCAGCCUGUCCAGGCCACAUGCCAAAAAUGUCACUGUCGUUUUGGAAAAUAUACAUGCCUAGAGUGUAACCUCUUUGAUGAUGAGGAUAAGAAUCAGUACCACUGUGACGGAUGUGGGAUCUGCAGAGUCGGUGGUCGUGAUAGAUUUUUUCAUUGCGCAAAGUGUAAUAUGUGCCUCCCGGUGCAGCUGCAAAACGGUCAUAAGUGCGUGGAAAACGUCUCACACGCGAAUUGUCCGGUGUGCUUAGAGGAUAUUCACACCAGUCGCAUUCCUUGUCAUAUUCCUGACUGUGGCCAUUUGCUACAUCGCACCUGCUUCGAGGAACUCCUGCAUUCAGGACACUAUGCAUGCCCUACGUGUCAGGUAUCACUACUUGACAUGACAGAUCUCUGGAGAUUCCUUGAUAAUGAAGUCUCAAUGACACCUAUGCCACCAGAGUACAGAGAUUACAAGGCAGACAUUCUUUGCAAGGACUGUCAUGAGGAGUCUACAGUAAAGUUUCACGUUGUGGGUCUCAAGUGUCUCAAUUGCGGCAGCUAUAAUACAUGCAGGAUUAAAGGAUCACCCUGCCCAGAUCCAGAAUCUCCGGAUGUGGCAGCAGGUAGCAGUACAGGUGAUGAAGAACGUUCUCAGGGUCAGAGUUCACAGUAGAAGAAUUGGAGGAACAUUUUAACUUAGUAAUUUCGUUUUUCAGCCGCUCACAAGAUUUCAAAAAAAAAGUUAGUCUGUACGAAAUGCAUUCCCUUCAUCAGACAAGGUGUGCCCUCACGAAUUUAGAGUGACGUUGCUAAAUGAAAAAAUCUACAGUAACGUGGCACGUAAUAUUGUACAAACUGUGGCUGGAAAGGCCAGACAUAAAAGGGGGAGGGGAGGGAGGAAAUUAAAGCUAAUUUAAAAUUGUACUUUUUCAUGGCUUUAAAAUAUGAGAUUGCUGCAUGCAUUCCAUUACUCAGUUAUUGUUUUGGCAUAAGGUGAUAUUUCUGAAACACCGAAUGAGGCGCAGCAUUUACCUGAACGAACAUGAUUAUUGUUGCUUUAUAUUCAUUAUUAUAAAAUGAGCAUUAGAACAUUCUUUUAGCCAUUCCAGUCGACAAGAAACGACAAGACGUCUAAUACAAUAAAGUCAGGCAACUUACUUAUAAAAAUAAGUAUACAUAUGAAGAAAUAUACAUAUAUAAAUAUAUAUAUAUAUAUACAAGAAUGUGUGUUAUGCGCGCGUAGUCUGUUUAGGGUAUGAAUCACGACACUUGGUUUUGUUUUUCUUGAGAUUAAAUAAUACGUAAUGAAGCA